AGGUGGGGCGGGGGCUGCUGUUAUUGCUCUCGUCGUCCAGGACGUGGACACUCAUCCACUCCGUGUAGUCUCGGAUUAAACAACGGUUAAUACGAUAAUCAUCUAUUAAGGAUCCAGCCGUUUGUUAUCGUUUCUUUCGUUACCUCGAGUGAAGAUGGGGAGCUGUUUAACUGUGGGGCCAAAUGAAGCUCUGGUGGUCUCUGGUGGUUGUUGUGGCUCUGACACAAAGACCUACGCUGUGGGAGGCUGGGCCUGGGCUUGGUGUCUCAUCUCAGAUACCAAAAGAAUAAGCCUAGAGAUCAUGACUCUGCAGCCUCGCUGUGAGGAUGUGGAGACGGCAGAGGGGGUCGCCAUCACUGUCACAGGUGUGGCUCAGGUGAAAGUCAUGACUGAACAGGACCUGCUGGCUGUGGCUUGUGAGCAGUUUCUGGGUAAAUCAGUCAAUGAAAUCAAAACUGUGGUUCUGCAGACUUUGGAGGGACAUCUGCGCUCUAUUCUAGGUACCUUGACUGUGGAGCAGAUCUAUCAGGACAGAGACCAGUUUGCUAAACUUGUGAGGGAGGUAGCUGCUCCAGACGUGGGCAGGAUGGGCAUCGAGAUUCUCAGCUUUACCAUCAAGGAUGUGUAUGAUAAACUGGAUUAUCUAAGCUCCCUUGGAAAAACCCAGACAGCAGCUGUCCAGAGGGACGCAGACAUUGGCGUUGCUGAGGCAGAGAGGGAUGCUGGGAUACGGGAAGCAGAGUGUAAGAAGGAGAUGAUGGAUGUCAAAUUCUUGGCUGACACCAAGAUGGCCGACUCCAAACGAGAACUGGAGCUGCAGAAAGCAUCUUUCAACCAGGAAGUCAACACCAAGAAAGCAGAGGCCCAGCUGGCCUACGAGCUGCAGGCAGCCAAAGAGCAGCAGAAGAUCCGCCUGGAGGAGAUUGAGAUCCAGGUGGUGCAGAGGAAGAAAGAGAUCACUAUAGAGGAGAAGGAGAUCGACCGCACAGACAAGGAACUCAUUGCUACUGUGAAGAGGCCUGCAGAGGCUGAGGCCUAUAAAAUGCAGCAGCUGGCUGAGGGGCAAAAGAUGAAGAAGGUGCUGAUCGCCCAGGCUGAGGCAGAGAAGAUCAGGAAGAUUGGUGAGGCGGAGGCUUCUUCCAUUGAAGCUGUGGGAAAGGCAGAGGCUGAGAAAAUGAAACUGAAGGCUGAGGCCUAUCAGCAGUACGGAGAUGCAGCUAAGACCGCACUGGUCCUUGAGGCCCUGCCUAAGAUUGCUGGUAAAGUGGCAGCACCAUUGUCCAGGACCAAUGAGAUCGUCAUCCUGAGCGGGGAGGGCAGCCGUGUGACAGGCGAGGUCAACCGUCUUCUAGCUGAACUUCCUGUGUCUGUCAACGCCCUCACUGGAGUGGACUUGUCAAAGAUCCCGCUGCUGCAGAAAAUGACUACUUCUUCAUUCUAAAAGGCAGUGACUCCACAUGACUUCAGUAUCUGUUGUAUGCACUCUGAUAGACUGCCUUUAAUACACUUGAAGAAUUUUGUUGUUUUAUACUUAUAUACUGUAUACCAAGUGAAUUUUGGAAACCUCUGGUGCCUUACUUUAUACAGGACCAGAAUAUCUGCAUGCACUGCUGCUCAUUCAAAUAUGUUUUUUGUUUUAACAGGGGAAAUUUUUGUGUUAUUUUGUAGGUUUUUUUUAAAUUAUUUGUAUCUGAAUCAAGUCUACUGGCCAUUUUGUAUGAAAUAUCAUUGAAAGCUGAGCUGAUAUUAGACCUCUGUGACAAACAUGGUGACUCUCACCGAGGUUAGAUUCAGCAGGUGACAGGACAGCCAAUGUUAGCCCAUCUUCUUUGAUAUUUCUGCAUCAGAGUCGUACUUUUUUAGACAACAAGGCCUCUGUCUUGGCCUUUUUGUUGAUCUAUAUACCUCUUUCUUUAUUUUGAAUUCCCUUGAUAAUUGGAAUCUUUUUAUUGUAAAUGUAGAGCUUUUGUUGUAUUGUACAUGUUGUAAUCUUAACUACUGUUCUUAUUCAGGUUAAUUUAUGUCUCAGUGAUUGAAUUUUACAAUGCAACAGGUGCUUACAAUCUUAAAAGAAGCCCUUUCAUUGUUCAGAUUUUGUCAGCUCCUCUGCCACAAGUUUCUUUUUCUAGAAAAUGAGGAUUGCAGGCAUGAUUGAUAGAUUUUAUUUGCUGGCAAGAAAACAGGCAGAUUCAAAUCUUGUGCUGAUAGGGAUGGAAUUUGGUCCUGAAAUGUUGAGUGUAAAUUUUAAUGUAAAAUGUUGAGAGUUUGAGCCUUUAUUGAGGUUAAAGAUGUAGUCAGAAGCAAAUUUAAUAAGCAACUUGUUUGGAGUAAAAAAAUUUUGUAAACAAAACAAAAGUUCAAUUUAAAAAGCUUUAGAAAAUAAAAGGCCAAACAGUGAUGCCAAAUAGAAUAGAUAACCUCAUAAGUUUUACUCUAAGAUAAGGAUUUAGAAAACUGCAUAGUUUAUUAGAUGUUUAAUUUCAUACGACAAAUAACUUUAGAUGCUAAGCCAUGCUUGACAGUGUGUCAACAAUUCACACUUUUACACUUUCAGAGAUAAACCACUCCUGCUCAAUGUUUGUACAUGUUCUUGUUGAGUUGUUUUAACUGUGAUAUCAAAUACAGAGGAUAUUUAAGUAGAAUAAUUUAAAUUAUCAAAGAAAUUUCAUCUUUUUUAUUUAAUGAUAUGCUGUUUGUAAAUGGUUCAAAUGCUUUGUUGUUUUCCACCCUAGUUCGCCACAUGCUAAGCUUCUGUGCAGCAGUACCAAUGAUCUGUUGUAUGGUUGUCUUGAAAAGGUUUUUGGAUAGAUGUUUCUAAAGGGAACAGAAGGUGCAGGUUAUUAUUUGGCACAACUAGUCGACCCCCUCCUAUUAAAUGUGUUUCAUGAAAGCAUUGUUUAGUUUGAAGCUCAUAUUCUUUAACAGCUGACACAUCAAACACAGUAGUAGUUUUAUGUACAGCUGAGAAUCAGCCAGGAUGAGUAAACCAACACAGAUAUUACAGACGACUGUUAUUGUUGUUGUAAACAUAGAUUAUUGUGUUCAUCCUUGGUUGAUUUAUGUUUGUAGCAUUAUUUGCUGGUUGUGUGACUUUGACAAAUACUGUUACCAAAUUGAUUUGUUUGGCUUUAAAUGUGUCAGUUGUAUAUAUAUAUAUAUGACAUGUUUCUGUUAUUUCCUGAUGUUAAUUAACACUUACACUGUGUCUCAAACAACCAUCAGUUCUGUAUGCUCUUGCUGCAUGUCAUCUGUCUGUACACAGAAUAAUCAGUUCAAUCUAAGCUGUCAUUCUAAUAAAUCAAAAUGCCAUCA